GAAAUUUCUUUCUUUAAAUAAUCCCAGUAGUGAAAAGUUAAAACCCCAUUACUAUUUCCGAUACAGAAAUAUAUUAUUGAUAGACACAUUAUAGUAGUUCAAAGUAGAGAGUUAAAUUGGAUUUUUGUGUUUACCAAAUUUGCUGACUACCUAAAAUUUGGAAUGAUAAUCAUAAUACAGUACUGGCGUAGUGUAAAACUUCAUCAUCAAUUUCAGUGAUCUGAUUUGCUUGUUGUUCCUUAGUUUGAGCUGGAUUUGUUUUAUUCGUUUUCCGAAAUUCCGGAGACAGUUUAUGAGUUGAGAUAUUGCGAUUGGGAUUUGGGGAUUGGUGAUUGGUGAUUGGUGAUUGCGAGUUAAAAAGAAUUGAAGGAAGGGGAGUGGAAGAUGAGCGAGGGCCAGAGGUUUCAGCUGGGGACUAUCGGAGCUCUGAGUUUAUCUGUGGUUUCAUCCGUUUCGAUUGUCAUUUGCAACAAGGCUUUGAUCAGCACGCUUGGUUUUACUUUUGCUACAACUUUGACAAGUUGGCAUCUCCUAGUCACCUUUUGUUCUCUUCAUGUGGCAUUAUGGUUGAAGCUGUUUGAGCACAAGCCUUUUGAUCCCAGAGCUGUGAUGGGUUUUGGGAUACUGAAUGGAUCAUCCAUUGGAUUGUUAAAUCUUAGCCUGGGUUUCAAUUCAGUUGGUUUUUAUCAGAUGACAAAACUGGCAAUCAUUCCCUGUACAGUUCUUUUGGAGACGCUGUUUUUCCGGAAGAAGUUCAGUAGGCAUAUCCAGGUCUCACUGGGCAUUCUUCUAUUGGGUGUCGGAAUUGCAACCGUGACUGAUCUGCAGCUCAAUCUUGUUGGUUCUGUCUUGUCACUGCUUGCAGUUGUUACAACUUGCAUCGCUCAAAUUAUGACAAACACGAUUCAAAAGAAGUUCAAGGUGUCUUCAACCCAACUUUUAUAUCAAUCUUGUCCCUACCAGGCAAUCACACUGUUUGUUACAGGACCUUUUGUUGAUGGACUGUUGACAAAUCAGAAUGUGUUCGCCUUCAAAUAUACCCCUCAAGUGCUGGCUUUUAUUGUUCUAUCCUGCUUAAUUUCAGUUUCCGUGAACUUUAGUACCUUUCUGGUGAUCGGGAAGACAUCCCCUGUCACGUAUCAGGUUCUUGGACAUCUGAAAACUUGUCUUGUUUUGGCAUUUGGCUAUGUCCUCCUGCGCGAUCCAUUCAGCUGGCGAAAUAUUCUGGGGAUCUUGAUUGCCGUAGUUGGGAUGGUAGUGUAUUCUUAUUAUUGCACGACUGAGAGCCAGCAAAAGGCCUCUGAAGCAGCAGCACAGUUGGCUCAGGCGAAGGAAAAUGAAUCUGAUCCACUAAUAAGUGUAGAAAAUGGAGCAAGCAUCUUAACUGAUGGUGGUGCUGCAAAAGCCCCAGGAUGGAAUUCAAACAAGGACCUGCGGGCAUAGUAACUCACCCCUGGUAAUCAACUCGUGCCUCCACAGUUCCAAAGUAUUGGGUAUAACCCUUAUAGCGAUGAAGAUGUCGCUGCAAAAGAUUCUACACAUUGUAGAAUAUAUCAUGAGCUUAGGCGCAUUUUAAUAGACCGGUGUGCGUCUUCUGUCUGGUAGCUCUGAGCUAAAAGAUAUAAGCAGUUUUGUUAUUCAGGUGUGGCCUGUCGAGUAUAACUUUGCCAGUUUAGGGGGUAUCCUUGGUCCCGUCGAGGAAAGAGUCUUCCGUGGUUUUUCCCCAAUUCUGCAAUCGCUUUAUUGUCGUGAAGCACACCAAGGUGUGGUGGGUAUCAUAAGCAUUCUACCGUCGGAACUUGCAUUAUUUUUAGCUAAUCCUACUUCGAUAACAUCAUCAUUUGCAUCUCCAGUUAUACAUCAAUGUUACUUUUGGCUCUUACUUGAAAUCUCCAAGUUCAAAAAA